UCUCUCUAAGGGAAGGUGGCGAGUGACUAGUUAGAAGUGCUUGUGGCAAGUCUCCGCCCAAGAUUCCCCCCGCAAGGGGAAGAUGCCAAGGUAGAGGCACCUUGCUUCUCAGCAUCUGAACUUGGAAGGGGCUGCAGCUGCCAGCUGAGGCCACCCUUUCCUUAGCCAGAGGACCGGCCAGCCGCUCUCCAUGGUACUGCGGAGAGCUCAGCUCCGCCCUUCUCUUUCAGAAGGACAGCACCCGGCGUCACGUAACCCAGCCUUCUCGGGCUUCACCACCGCCUCUUCCUUCCCCUUUUCCCUCUCCUCCUCCUGCUCCCCCUGCUGCUCCCCUCCUUUCCAUGUUCUUCCCUUCCGCACUCUUGGAGAUAGACGCUCAAGCCUGACGCCUCGGAAAAAGGCAGCAGCAGUCGCCUUAUCCUUAGACCUCAAGAAAUUCGCUUUGACCAUACAUGUUUCUGGGUCUGGCUCGAGCUGAGGGGAAUAACCAGGCAGAUUUCUGGGUUCAUAUAAAACAACAAAAUACAAUCAAAAUGCAUCACCAACAUACACCCAAUUGACAUGCUGGAAUCUUAGGGUGGUCUUGCAGAGACAAAGACAAGAGAAGAGCUGUUGGGAUUGAUUUCACCAUCUAACAGCUUCUGGCUGUCUCACACCAGGGUUUGAGACCUACCGACAGGACUCGUAGGGCAUACACAGGAAAUUUGGCCUUGGCAUCAGUGGUGCUGGAAGCCUGUGAUAUGACAGUAGGCCUCUGAAGCUAUUCUGGUGUAUCACUCUGCCCCUUCUCCUUCUGUGUUUGGAGCCAACAUCUGGAGGAGCCUCGAGGCCUGCCAAGCAGCCGAAGGUCCUGGCUUAGUUCUGGCUUCGUGUUCUUCUCUGAGAAAAGUGUGUUCUUUCUGAUUCUGCUCUCCUAUUGCUGGCACCACGCCGGUGGUAGUUGAAGGUGUUGGUUCUGCAAGAGUGAAGUACCUGAUGGUGCCACAGAUGCCCUUACUUAACAUCAUCGUUUGUAAAUGAAUCAGUGAUCUCUCUUGAGCCUCGGUGGCCUUCUUUUUCAGAACGUUGCCUCCAAAGUGUAUCCUCCCUUUGGCCUGGAAGUUCUGUGGCUAUCCCAUACUACUGGGGUCUCUGCUUUCCAGUUGGAAGGGGACUACUGGGAGAGAGGAAGGGGCUGCUGGAAGCGAAGAAGAAGGAAAAAAGAGCUGAAGGAGGGUGCGCCCCUCCCACUGCCGCCUCCCCCAUCCCUCCCACUCCUCUGGGGACCCCCAUUCUCCGUGACGUUGUCCAGGACCACUUCGACCCUGUCGCCCCCAGCUCCCCCCCGCCGCACCCCAGCCCCGAGCAUGGGGACGGCGCUGGUCCAGCAUGGGGGCUGCUGUCUCCUCUGCCUGUCGCUGCUGCUGUUGGGCUGCUGGGCAGAGCUGGGCAGUGGGCUGGAGUUCCCAGGCGCUGAGGGCCAGUGGACGCGCUUCCCCAAGUGGAACGCGUGCUGCGAGAGUGAGAUGAGCUUCCAGCUGAAGACACGCAGCGCCCGCGGCCUCGUGCUCUACUUCGACGACGAGGGCUUCUGCGACUUCCUCGAGCUCAUCCUGACACGCGGCGGCCGCUUGCAGCUCAGCUUCUCCAUCUUCUGCGCCGAGCCCGCCACGCUGUUGGCCGACACGCCAGUCAACGACGGCGCCUGGCACAGCGUGCGCAUCCGCCGCCAGUUCCGCAACACCACUCUCUACAUCGACCGCGCUGAGGCCAAGUGGGUGGAGGUCAAGUCCAAGCGCAGGGACAUGACGGUGUUCAGUGGGCUGUUCGUGGGCGGCCUGCCGCCUGAACUGCGAGCCGCUGCGCUCAAGCUCACCCUGGCCUCGGUGCGUGAGCGGGAGCCCUUCAAGGGCUGGAUCCGUGAUGUCAGGGUCAACUCGUCCCAGGCGCUGCCGGUGGACGGCAGCGAGGUCAAGCUGGACGAAGAGCCGCCCAAUAGCGGGGGCGGGAGCCCGUGCGAGGCGGGCGAUGAGGGCGACGGCGGCGUGUGCCUCAACGGGGGCGUGUGCUCCGUGGUCGACGACCAGGCCGUGUGUGACUGCUCGAGGACCGGUUUCCGUGGCAAAGACUGCAGCCAAGACACCAAACUCAGACACUAUUGCUGAUGCCAAGAAGUGCUUGCUGACAGGAUCCUGAUAUAGCUGUCUCCCGAGAGACUCCGCCAGAGCCUGACAAAUAUAGAAGUGGAUGCUCCCAGCCAACCAUUGGACUGGGCAUGGGGUCCCCAGUGAAGUAUUUAGAGAAAGGACUGAAGGAGCAACCCCAUAGGAAGAACAACAAUAUCAACCAACCAGAGCCCCCAGAACUCCCAGGGACUAAACCAACAACCAAAAAGUACACAUGGAGCGACUCAUGGGUACAGCCACAUAUGUAGCAGAGGAUGGCCUUUGAUCCUAUGAAGGCUUGGUGCCCCAGUGUAGGGGAAUGCCAGGGCAGGGAGACCGGAGUGGGUGGGAGGGUAAGGGAGCAUUCUCAUAGAAGCAGGCAGAGGGAGGUAAUGGUUAGGGGGUUUCUGAAGGGGAAACUGGGGGAUAAUAUUUGAAAUGUAAAUAAAUAAAAUAUCCAAUAAAAAGGAAGAAAAGAAAAUCUAUGACAAUGCCCUUAAAAAUAUAAAGAAAAGGUAUUUUCAGUGUAAUUCUAUAGACUUAAUAUAUGAAAUAAAAUAAUAAUUUAAACUUAAAGGAUGAUGUUGCAUGUUUCUUUAAUCAUUAGUAAUAUCUUCUUUUGCUGUAUUUGAAAUGUGGUUAGAUAUAUCAUCACCUUAAACUAACACUGGCAAUAUAUAAGGUCACGUGUAUCAGGAAAGCAUCCUGGAAUGGAAGCCAUUCAGAAAUCAUCUAUUAAGUGAUUUAAUUCAAUUUGAUUGUUAAAUGUGUCUGAGUCUUUACCUAGUAAUUAAAGGAAACCUAUGUUAAUUAUUUAUUUACUUAUCUAGCUAUUCUUAUAGCAAAUGUUUAUUGACAUGUGCAUGAGCCAAUCAUAAUACUCAAAACAAUAAAAUACAUUUUUUUUCGGAGCUGGGGAUCGAAUCCAGGGCCUUGCGCUUGCUAGGCAAGUGCUCUACCACUGAGCUAAAUCCCCAACCUAUACAUUUUAAAUAUAGAAAUGAAAAACAUCAUCAAAGAAGAAAAGCACUUAGGUGGCUGAUACAACUGUUUUUCUGAAUUGUGAUAUAGUCAUUAAUUGUAAAUUGAGCAACAAUUUGAAAAUUGAUACAAAUCACAAAAUGUAUAAUUUUGUCACAGAUUUAUUUUAUUAUUGUUGAGAAAAUAAAAUGUAUUAUAGAAUAGUAUUUAAACUUCCAUCCAUCUAAAAAUAAUUAUCUAAUAUAUGUCAGUAUUGCAACAGUUUUCACAGCCUAGUCUUCAGAAUGAUUGACAAUAAUAUUUUAACAGUUUUGGCAUCUCAAAUGUUGGUAGCAUCAUUUUUUCCUAUACAUUUUUCAAUGUAUUUAAAAUAAAAGUGUGUUGUGGAACUCUCAUAAAAAACGUAGAGACACAUAGGAUAUUAUUGUUCUACUAAGGAAAAAUAUGCUUCAGUUUGAUGUUCGGCCACCGAUGACGAAAUGACUUGAUCACCAGUGUGCUGCAACACAAGAAUGGUCUCCAAAAGAGACUAUCAAUAUCAACUUUCUUAGCUUUAGGUAUUGUUUUGUCUUUCUCUGAUCUCCUGCCACAUUAACAUUGGGGGGAGGGGAGAAGAACAAAAGAAAGACAGUGUUGCUCAUAACGAACCAUGUUCGAAUCAGGCAGUAUGUGCUUUGCUGAUUUGUAUAUCAUGUAACUUAUUUUUUGAUUGAGGCAGAUUGUGAAGGGACACAAGACAGCCAUUGGGAGUACACAAUUUUAACAGCUAGGUUCAAAUGAUGUACACACACACACACUAUAGCAUGACUCAGACCCCAGCAAGUAUGUCAUCAGGGGGCAAGGGUAGGCUAGCACCACAAGCACGAUUAUGUUCAUUUCAAGCUGUAUAAUGUUUCUCCUGAUAAAAUUUUUAUUUCCAUUAUUUUUUAUUUCAUUUAAACUUUAAAUUUUCCUGCAUAACAGUAAACAAUUUUACACUUCAUUUUUCUGAAACACAUGUAGAUAUAAAUAUGCAUAUGUUUGUAUAUGUAGAUAUACUUCAGUGAAUUUGUGACUUAUAGAAAAGUUGACAUAAUGGAAUAGUUAAAACAUCAUACAUUUUAUAUUACUAUUAUAACAUUGUAUCUGCUCAUGUUAAAAUAUGAUUGAAUGCAUAUUAAAUGCCUUGUAUGCAAGUAUGAAAAUGGAAUUCCUUUUUGCUGUGGAAAAUUGAAUAAAAAUCCCAUCUCUGACCCCAAAAUAUGAAUAUAAUUAUGCUAAUAAAAUAGAUACAGGGAAGGCACUUUAUAUGCACACUCAGGAUUUCAACCUCGUUCUCUCUAUAUAUCUGCUAGUUGGCUUUUUCAUUUUUGUUGUUUUUUUAUUAAAUACAAAUUACAUAUUUAUAUUUAAUUAUAUGUAGUUACAUAACUAAUCACUAUAUAUAUAUUUUUUUUUCACUUUACAUCCUACUCACCGUUCCCUCCUGGUAACCCCCUCCCUCGAUUCUUCCCCUCAUGCGAACUACUACCACUGAGACCAGACAGGCAACCCAGUUAGAAGAACAUAUCCCAUGUACAGGCAACAGCUUUUGGGACAGCCCCUCACUCAGUUGUCCAGGACCAAGCUGCAUAUUUGCUACAUAUGUGUGGGGAGGCCUACGUCUAGUUCUUUGGUUAGUGUGUUAGCCUCUGAGAGCCCCAAAGAUCCAAGUUAGUUUACUGUUGGUCUUUCUGUGAAGUUUCUAUCCCCUCUUGAGCCACAAUUCUUCCUCCUAUUCUCCCACAAGUUUCCCCAAUCUCUAUACACUUUUUGUCUGUGGGCAUCUGCAUCUCAGUCUGAUGGAUGGAGCCUCUCAUGGGACAACCAUGUUAUGCUACUGCCUGCAAGCAUAACAAUAUCAUUAAUAAUGUGAGAGAUUAGUGCUCGCCCAUGGGAUGGGUCUCAGACUGGGCUGGUUAUUGGUUGUUCAUUCCCUCAUUCUCUGUUCAACCCCCAUCCCUGCAUUUCUGCUAGAGAGGAUUAAAUUUGGCUUAAAAGGUUUGUACCUGGGUUAAUGUCCCAAUCUCUCCACUGGGGUUCCUGCCUGGCUAUAGGAAGUGGCCUCUUCAGGUUCCACAUCCUUAGUUUCAGCUAGGGUCACCCUCUGCCCCACUGAUUCUUGGGUGACUCCCAUAUUCAAGGUUUCUGUCUUGUUCUGGAGAUGCCUACCACCUCCCCACCCCCAUCACUUGCAAAUUUCCAUUCAUUCUCAUGGCCAUCUGCCCAUCUCUCCUGUCCCUCCCCCACCUGAUUCUAACCCCACAUUCUCAUUCCCAUCCUCUUUACUACCCAGUUCGUCCCUCUAUCUGCCUCUAAUACCUAUUGUGUUCCCCCUUCUAAGAGAGAUUCAAGUAUCCUCACUUGGGUCUUUUUUCUUUUUCUUUUUCUUUUUUUUUAAUUGGAUAUUUUGUUUAUUUACAUUUCAAAUGUUACCCCUUUCCUGGUUUUUCCUCUGGAAACCUCCAUCCCAACCCCACACAUCCUGCCUCCAUGAGUGUGCUCCCCCACUCACCCACCCACUCUAUUCUGCCUCACUGCCCUAGCAUUCCCAUACACUGGAGCAUGGAGCCUUCAUGUGACCAAGGGCCUCUCCUCCCAUUGACAUCCAACAAGCUCUGUUACAUAUGUGGCUGCUGCAGUCAUGGGGCUGUCCAUGUGUACUCUUUGGAUGAUGGUUUGUCCCUGUAAGCUCUGGUGUGUCUGGUUGGUUGAUAAUGCUGUUCUUUCUAUGGGGUUGCCAACCCCUUCAGUUAUAUCAGACCUUUCUCUAUCUCCCCUAUUAGGGACCCUAUUCCAGUACAGUGGUUGGCUGAGAACAUCCAUCUCUGUAGUUGCCGGGCUCUGACAGAGCCUCUCAGGAGACAGCUAUUUCAGGCUCCUGUCAGCAUGUACGUCUUGGCAUCCCCAAUAGAGACUGGGUUUGGUGACUGAUUGUGGGAUGUAUCCCCAUGUGUGGCAGUCUUUGGAUGGCCUUUCCUUAAGACUCUGCUCCACACUUUGUCCCCAUAUUUCCUCCUGUGAGUAUUUUGUUCCCCCUUUUAAGAAUUACUGAAGCAUCCACACUUUUGUCUUUCUUUUUUUUAAAUUUUUUAUUGGAUAUUUUUUAUUUACAUUUCAAAUGUUAUUACCUUUCCUGGUUUCCCAUCCAUAAACACCCUAUCCCAUUCCCAUCCCCUUCUUCUAUAAGGGUGAUACCCAUCCCUAAAACACCCCUUCCCACCUCCCUGCCAUGACAUUUCCCUAAACUGAUGGUUCAGCCUUGGCAGGACCAAGGGAUUCUCCUCCCAUUGGUGUCCAACAAGGUCAUCCUCUACUACAUAUGCAACUGGAGCCAUGGGUCCCUCCAUGUCUUUGGGUAGUGGUUUAGUCCCUGGGAGCUGUGGUUUGCUGGUAUUGUUGUUGUUAUGGGGUUGCAAGCCCGUUCAGCUCCUUCAAUCCUUUCUCUAAUUCCUCCAUUGGGGAUCCUGUUCUCAGUUCAAUGGUUUUCUGCUACCAUUGCCCUCUGUAUUUGUCAAGCUCUGGCUGAGCCUCUCAGGAGACAGCUAUAUCAGGCUCCUGUCAGCAUGCACUUCUCAGCUUCAUCAAUAUUGUCUCCCCUCCUAUGAGUACUUUUGUUCCCACUUUUAAGAAGGAGUGAAGCGUAUAUAAGAAAUACUCAAGUUAAUAAAAAAAAAGAGAAAAAAAAAGGAGUGAAGCAUCAGCACUUUGGAAGUCUUUCUUCUUGAGCUUCAUGUGGUCUAUGACUUCUAUCUUGGGAAAUUCGAGCUUUUGGGCUAACAUACACUUAUCAGUGCAUGCGUACCAUCUGUGUUUUUCUGUGAUUGGGUUACCUCACUCAGGACAUAUUUUCUAGUUUGAUCCACUUGCCUAUGAAUUUCAUGAAGUCAUUGUCUUUGAUAGCUAAAUAGUACUCCAUUGUGUAGAUGUACCACAUUUUCUGUAUCCAUUCCUCUGUUGAAGGGCAUCUGGGUUCUUUGCAGCUUCUGGCUAUUAUAAAUAAGGCUGCUAUGAACAUAAUGGCGCAUGUGUCUUUAUGUAUGUUGGUGCAACAUUUGGGGAUAUGCCCAGGAGAGGUACAGAUGAGUCCUCAGGAAGUGGAAUGUAAUGUCUAAUUUUUUUGAGGAAUCUCCAGAUUGAUUUUCAGAGUAUUUGUACCAGUUUGCAAUCCCACCAAAAAUGGAGGAGUGUUUUUCUUUCUCCACAUCCUUGCCAGCAUCUGGUAUAACCUGAGUUUUUGAUCUUAGCCAUCCUGACUGGUGUGAGGAGGUGGAAUCUCAGGGUUGUUUUGAUUUGCAUUUCCCUUAUGACUAAGGAUGUUGAGCAUUUCUUUAGGUACUCCUCAGCCAUUCUAUAUUCCUCAGCUGAGAAUUCUUUGUUAGCUCUGUACCCCAUUUUAAUAGGGUUAUUUGGCUCUCUGGAGUCUAACUUCUUGAGUUCUUUGUAUAUAUUGGAUAAUAGCCCUCUCUCGGAUGUAGGAUCGAUAAAGAUCUUUUCCCAAUCUGUUGGUUGCCAUGUUGUCCUAUUGACAGUGUCUUUUGCCUUACAGAAGCUUUGCAGUUUUAUGAGGACCCAUUUGUCAAUUCUUGAUCAUAGGGCAUAAGCCACUGGUGUUUGUUCAGGAAAUUGUCCUCAGUGUCCAUGUGUUUGAGCUUUUGAGUUUUACGUGGUCAGUAAAUUAUAUCUUGGAUAUUCUGAGCUUUUGGGCUAAUAUCCACUGAUUAGUGAGUACUUAUCAUGUGUGUUCUUUUGUGACUAACUCAAGAUGAUAUUUUCUAGUUCCAACUAUUUGCCUAAGAAUUUCAAGAAGUCAUUACUUUUAAUAGCUGAGUAGUACUCCAUUGUGUAAAUGCUUGAUAUCUUAAUUAUCUUAUGGGUCUGGACAGAACUUUAAGUACUAUUUUGAAUAAAUAGGAAGAGGGUAGACAGUUUUGUCUUGUCCCUCAUUUUAGUAUAAUUGCUUCAAAUUUUUCUCCAUUUUUCAUCUUGGCUAUUGGCUAGCUUUAUAUUCCUUUGAUUAUGUUUAGGCAUGUGUCUUGUGUCCCUGAUCUGUCUAAUUCUUUUAACAUGAAUAGGAGUUGGAUUUUGUCAAAGGUUUUUUUUUAUAUCUAGUGAGUUGAUCGUAUGAUUUUCUUUCUCUCAGUUUGUUUAUAUAGUGGAUGGCAUUGAUGGAUUUUUGUAUGUUGAACAAUUCCUGCAUCCCUGGAAUGAAGCCUACUUGGUCAUGGUGGUUGAUGUUCUUGAUUGAUUUUUCCUAUGAUAAGUAUUAAAUACCCUGCCCUGUCUCUUUGGGUUAAUUUUGUUUGAAUGCCUGUUUUAUUAGAUAUUAGAAUGACUACUCCAACUUGCUUCUUCAUUCCAUUUUUUUAAAAAACUCUUUUCCAGUCAUUUACUCUGAGGUUUAUUUAUUCCUGAGGUGUUUUUUGUUUGGUUGGGUUUUUUUUAUUUGUUUGUUUGGUUGGUUUGGUUUGGUUUUGGUUUUUUUCUUUUUUGUUUUGUUUUGUUUUUGUUUUGUGCAGCAGAAUGAUGGAUCCUGUUUUUAUAUACAUUCUUUAAGCCUGUGUCUUUUUAUUGGGUAAUUGAGUUCAUUGAUGUUGAAAGAUAUUAAUGACUAGUGAUUGAUACUUCCUGUUAUUUUAAUACUGGUAGUGCUACUGCUACUGUGUGUGUGUGUGUGUGUGUGUGUGUGUGUGUGUGUGUGUGUGUGUUUGUGUGCACGCGCGCGCUUUCUGUAUGCUUAAAGGCCUCUUUUCUUUAUGUUGGGGAAAUUUUCUAUGAUUUUAUUGAGAAUGUUUUCUGGGCCUUCGAACUAGGACCCUUCACCUUCUUUAAUUCCUAUUAUUCUUAGGUUAGGUUUUUCAUUCCAGGUUUCCCGAAUGUUUGUUGUCAUUAGUAUUUUAGAUUUCACAUUUUCUUUGAAAGUUGUAUCUUUUAUGCCUGAAAGUCUCUCUUUCAUCUCCUAUAUUCUGUUGGUGAUGCUUUCAUCUAUUGUUCCUCUUCUCUUCCUCAUGUUUUCCAUCUCCAGGAUUCCCUCAGUUUGUGUUUUCUUUUUUGCUUCUAUUUCUACUUUCAGGUUUUGCUCAAUUUUAUUUAUUUCCUUCACUUGUUUCAUUGUAUUUUCGUGUGUAUCCUUAAGGUAUUUAUUUCCUCUUCAAAGACCUCUAUCUAUUUGAUUAUAUUUUCCUGUAUUUCUUUAAGGGAUUUAUUCCUAUUCAAAGGUCUCUAUCUUUUAUAUAUGAUUAAAUUUAAGGUUAAUUUCUUGUGCUUCAGUUGUGUUAAGAUUUCUAGGGUUUGCUGCAGUAGGGCAGUUGUGCUUUGGAGGUGUUAAAUUGCCCUGGCAUUUGUUGACUGUUUUCCUUUGAGGGAUUUUAGGCAUCUUGAUGGCUUUGACCCUGGAUGUUCCUGUUGUAAUAAUCAUGGAGUGGGGGUUGAUACCUUUUUGAUAUUGGUAUGGCAGAGCUGAGGUGGGUGUCCUUGCGUGGUCAUAGUUCCAGGUCAGCAGGUCUGUAUAGUUCAGGAUCCCCAAUUCUUUUUUUAAUUAGAUAUAUUUCUUCACCUACAUGUCAAAUGGUAUUCCCUUUCCCGGUUUCCUGUUCAUAAGCCCCCAUCUCCAGCCCCUCCCCGAGGAUCCACAAUUCUUGUUAAGGUGGGCAGGAGAGGUAGCAGGAGAAUGGAUACCAGGAUACCCCUAGGAUAUCAGGCUGCUCACAGAAGCUUGGCAUGCCUCAGACGAAGAUUAUAUGUGGUAGUUUUAAAGAUAAUGAACUAUCCCAUCAUGGCUGAUGGGACAAAGGAUAUUGAGCUUCACAAAUUACUGCUUAUGUCAUUAACUAUGAUAGCUUCAUAAGUCUAUUAUGCAGUUUUUUCAAUUAAAAAGAGUUAAUUCUACAAAUAUUAAGUUAUUCCUUGAACAUUUCUAAUGGCCCGUUAAAUAAUUAACUUCCAACUGAAAGGCACAUUUGACCUUUGCUUAGCAUCCUUUUUAAUUUCCAAAGCAGUUAAUGGAAUUUCUGAGUUGUUCUAGACUGUUUUAAGCGGGAAUCCCUGGGAUAUGCAGGAAAGCCUACUCACUUAGGACAUUUAAAAUGACAUUUAAUUGAUGGCUGCUUGUGGUAUACUAUCUUCAACUUUCACAAAUGUAUUUAGGCUUACAAUUCCUGAUUGUAUCCAAAGAGUACACGCAUGGACAGACCCAUGGCUCCAGCUGCAUGUGUACCAGAGGAUGACCUUGUUGGGCAUCAAUGGAAGGAGAGGCCCUUGGUCCUGUCAAGGCUGGAACCCCAGUAUAAGCGAAUGUCAGGGUGGAGAGGGGGGUGGGAGUG